UGGAUCGCAGUUUGGCGCAUAAACGUGCAACGCUCGUCAGUCUCGUUCUUAGUUUAAAACGAGUCGCCGUCAAUUAAACACACACACAAACACACACGCAUAUAUUGCUCGAUACGUAUACGAUUGUUGUGAUAUUGUAAUAUAUUAAAUACACCGCGCUAUAUUUAAAGUCGUCCGCUCGACGAGUGUCGUUUUAAUAUAUUUUUUUUUUUCAAAAAAUUUUUUACGUUUUCGGAAUUUUUUUCCGAACCCCGUCGGGUUUUUUUUUUCGUGACUUUCUUCUACCCUCCAUCAUCCCCGAGUCGCCGCUUCAUUCAGUGCGCGGGUUUUGUUUUUGUUGUGUGUCUCCUCCGCGGCCCGCCCGCCUGAUCCGGACGUACCUCGUCGUACGCGGGACAGAUCGGUACCGAGUUCGUUUUUUGCACGGUGCGAGAGGAAAUAUGGUCUCCGCGCCACUAAGAUGAUACCGGCGUACAAACCGUCGGGAGACAGUUUCGUCGAAUACAUAUUCGUGCUCAACCACUCGAAAACCUGAACCGGGCCCAGUGCGCUACCGUUGCACCCUCGGACGGUUCUGUUUUUAACACAGCAUAUUAUAGUAUUAUACCGCGACCGGACGCGUUUCGCCGUCGUCCCUGUCGGUUAACCGCCGCCGACGCCGCAGCCGAAGCCGGAGGUCCUCCGGGCCACCGCCAGACAGCCGCCGCAACGCCGUCGCAAACGGGCAGCAUCGCCCGAUCAGCCACCUCAGCCACGGCCGUUGUUUCUCGUAACGCAAUGUCGAAAUACAGUGUGAUGGGCUACGAACCCGCACUGGUACUGGUCGCUACGCUGAUGGCGAUAAUGGCCGUGUCCGUGGUCGCCGUGCCGGCCGCUCACCACCUGCACCACCACUCGGGCGGCCACCACCGGAUGAUGUCGAGCAGCGGCGCGGCCGGGUCGUCGUCGCCGUCGGUGUCGGGCAUCGAUCACCCGCUCAGCAAACGGUCGUUCUUCGACAUACAGUGCAAGGGCGUGUACGACAAGACGAUAUUCGCCCGGCUGGACAGGGUGUGCGAGGACUGUUACAACCUGUUCCGGGAACCGCAGCUCCACUCACUGUGCAGGAAAAAUUGCUUCACGACAGAUUUUUUCAAAGGAUGUCUGGACGUGCUCCUGCUUGAGGAUGAAGUGGAAAAGAUACAGAAGUGGAUUAAACAGUUGCACGGGGCUGAUCCUGUCGGGGUUGGGGCUUAGAUCUACGUGCUUUAACACGGUAUACUUUAAGGCUUGUUUGGAGUCUCUUCAAAUGUUAACAGAGGAGACUCAAUACAACCAGAUGGUCGAGUUUUUGGGGAAGAAAUAAAAUAUAUAAUAAUAAAUUAUGGUAUAUGUACUCCCCUACAUAUAUUUUAUUUAUUUUUGGUUAUUUAUUUAUAAACCAGACAUUGGCCGUCAAAAAAACCUAUUCUAGUCUAUUCAGAGAAAGCAACAGCAUUACAUACAAAAUAAUAUCGAAGAAAUAUGUUUACUUUCCCUAGAUGAAUUUUUCUAAUUUAUUAAAUAGAUCAUAAGAUUUUGUUUUUAAUUUUUGUUUAUAAAACUUAUUUAAUUGUUUGUUUUUAAUUUCUAAGAGUUGUAUUAUAAAUUAUAUUAUUAUAUAUAAAAGAAAACAAAUUUUAAUAACUUUUAAUAAGAAAUGUGUAAUAUUUUUUAUUUUAUAUAAAAAGAAAACUGUAUUUUUUUUUUGUAUUUAUUUAAUUUAAAAAUGAAAUAUAAGAUGACAACUCUGAUGAAUUUAUGACACA